AUGGAUGAAGGCGAGAGUGGAAGGCCAAUAGAAAUACCAUCGAGAGGAAGGCCUCGGAAACGGGACACAGAGCCUUUCCUGAACACUAACGGUUUCCACGAUCAAUAUGCUGACCAGGAUCUGAUUGAGUUCAUGAAAAAGGUUAAUUUUACUUCGAUGGAUGGUCCGAUGAGUAUGAGUAUGCCAUCCUCUGGAUUUGACGGGUACUUUCACCAGAGCAAUUCAAGCAGCUCGAGUUCGUACGGCAACCAACUUGCAGACAUGAAAAAUGCAUAUGAAACACAUAGGUCGUUUUCUACAGAUGAUGGCUAUUUUACAUAUGACACGUCUGAAUCGAAAAAAGUAGGGACUAUUGGCAUGUAUGAUACAAGAAGUGGAUCUGAAAUAGCAGUCACGGAUGAGUUUUUGACAGAUAGCAUUGGUCAAAUCACAGUAGACAGUUGUCUGAGUAAUGGCAAAAGCCAAAGCUUGGACAGUAAAAUGAACAAUGGAAUACAACCUGUGCAUUCGUCUGAUAAAUUCAACUCUACAAAAGACUAUCAUAAUGGAUUUUAUAUACAGCCUGACAAGAACGUAAAAGCAGAGCCAAAUCGCACUGAAGGCUAUAUGCCUAUGGAAAAUAUCCAAUCGCAGGCAUUCCAAAGGCCUUAUUAUGCAAAAGACAGCGAUGGAUAUUCACAUGGCCAUAAUCAGCAAGGAGCAGCAUUUCCUCAGUGCACCACUUGGAAUGAUGGUAGGAACGAGCCGUUUUUUCCUUAUCAGUCAGACUUUGUUCCUGGCCAUGGAUAUUCGGCACAAGGACUGUAUAACGAUCGCAUGCGUAUGAAUACCAAUUCAUCAUGGAAAAGAGCUGGAGUAUCUGCGCCUAAAGAAGACAUGGCAUGCUAUUACAGAAACACAGGCAACGAUAGAUCAUCCCGUUCCCCGCUGCUUGCCAGCCCCUUUGGUAUACAUCGUCAUGAAGAUUUGUCUCAGGAUCCAAGGUAUAUUCGGCAUCAUCAGUAUCCACAGAUGUUUAUGAACGGCACGGAUCAAGGCAGCAGGAAUUUUGUAAAUGGUGUGGAUACAGCACAAGAUGGAAGGCUAAUGCAUCCUACAUUUGGUGGAGAUGCGCCACUCAACCAUCCAGAUUACUCGUUUGCGGAGUAUGGGCAGCAGCAGUACAUAGACUCUGCAAUGCAAGGAAGUGCCUGGAUGAACAGGAAAAAAAGAAGAAACAAUCCUCUGAUGUGGCAAUACAUAAAAACAAACCAGACAUUCUAUCCUAGCAUUGUGCAUCCAUCAAAGUAUUCAAGUCUUGACUUUGUGCAGGGAAUGGAAGACAACCAGAGAAUGUGCCUUGGAGGGCUCAGAAGGGCGUCAGCCGAAAAGGACAACGGCAAUUCUGCAUUCCCACUGUUCUUGAACUCAAGCAAGGCAUCACCCAAUGAGUUCAAGGAGGUCAUUCACAACUUCAAAAGAUCGGUAAGCGAACUUGACUUCAACAAUGUCACAGUCCAACAGCUGAAGGGACUAAUGAAGGAGUUUGGAUUGAACUAUUCAGGCAAGAAAAACGAGCUGAUUGAACGGCUUCAAGAGAUCCUUGUAAAAAUAGAUGAGAAGCAGGAUGCAAAGCCAGAAGACCAACGGCCGCAUGAACCCCCAAAAGAGAAGGAAGCAGAUGACUUUGAGUUCUACUUCUUCUGA